CAGAGGGAUUUGUGUUACAGCGCUAGCAGGGAGUAGAAUUGGGAUUAUUUCGGAAGGAAAUUUUACUGAUCUUCAUAUGCUAAGAUGUCCUCUCAAACUGCAACAGUGUCUGUGAAUACGGAUUAUCUGAAAUCCAGACCUGGGAUUUUUCGGAUUUUCGAAGCAGUUAUCGGAUUAUGUGGAAUAAUUUGCGAGACACAAGGUGCAUACUGCGGUUAUUGGAGUAUGUACAGCUUCUAUAAUUUUGUAGUGGUAACUACGCUCAUUUUGGCCGUCAUCAUCCUCAUUAUAUAUUUUCUGGGUGUGGAUAAACUCUGCACUUUCAUCAAUUGUCCGUUGUCGAUUUUCAUCAAUGAUCUGAUAUUUGCCAUUCUAUACUUGAUUGCUGCUAUUCUGAUGUUUGUGACUAUUGGGGCUUGCAAAACUGGUCAGGUAGCUAGGAUUUUUGCUGCGUUGUUUGGUGUUUGUGGAACAGUUGUUGUUGGACUUCUUGCUCUAGAUGGUUAUAAUGUAUUCCGAGGUAACCAGUCUGCUCCAAAAUCUGAUCCUGCUUGAACUGAUACGCACAAAAAUGGAUUCUAAUCACUGCCAAGCAUGAAAGACUGCUGUUUUCUUAUUGAUGUAUAACUAAUAAAACACAAAAUAUCUUAGCAUCAA